AUAUCCGUGUUAUUGUGCUUUACCUUCCACAAACCUCUCUGUCGGGUUGUGUCUGUGUCUCGUUACUCAAUCAACGCCAUCACUGAGAGAGGACUUAUUCUCGAGUCUUGUUCCACUGCACUCCUCCAACAGAUCAGCACAAAUUAAUUGAGUAAUAAGUCGUCACGGUUCGCGGUCCAUCCUUCAAGAAGCAGCCAUGUCUCGAGUCCUGGUCGGAGUUAAGCGUGUCAUCGACUAUGCCGUCAAGAUCCGCGUCAAGCCGGACAAGUCCGGUGUGGUGACCGAGGGCGUCAAGCACUCGAUGAACCCCUUCGACGAGAUCGCCGUCGAGGAAGCGGUCAAGAUGAAGGAGAAGAAGAUCGCCUCGGAGGUUGUGGCUGUUUCGGUGGGACCGGCCCAGUCCCAGGAAGUGCUCCGUACCGCACUGGCCAUGGGUGCCGACCGAGGCAUUCACAUCGAGGUGUCCGGAAAGGACUACGAGCUGCUGCAGCCGAUCCAUGUGUCGAAGAUCCUAGCUAAGUUGGCCCAGGACGAGAAGGCCGAUCUGGUGAUCCUCGGAAAGCAGGCGAUCGAUGACGAUUGCAAUCAGACCGCUCAGAUGACGGCCGCCCUGCUCGAUUGGCCACAGGCCACGUUCGCUUCCAAGGUGGAGAAGACCGGCGAUGGUUUGACGGUGGUUCGUGAGGUCGACGGUGGUUUGGAAACGAUCAAGACCAAGGUGCCGGCCGUGAUCAGUGCCGAUCUGCGUUUGAACACUCCCCGCUACGCUACGUUGCCCAACAUCAUGAAGGCCAAGAAGAAGCCCAUCAAGAAGGUGGCCCCGAAGGAUCUCGGCGUGGACACGACGCCCCGCAUCGAGGUGGUGUCCGUUGAGGAUCCUCCGGUGCGCCAGGCCGGCUCGAUCCUGCCCGACGUGGACACGUUGCUGAGCAAACUGCGUGAUGGAGGACAUAUCAAGUAGGAUGGUGAGCUAGGAGGAGGUGAUGUGAAGAAGUAAAUUCGUAUCGUACGAGCAAUUCAGUCUCAAAGUGCAUUUUUCUAUUUUUCAAACUGGUGCCGAUCGGUCGCAUGCGAUCGAGCUGAGUUGAUCGAGAGAUUUUUUUGUUUAGAUGUGUUUGUUACAGUGCAAAUGGAAAUUGUGAAAUAAAAAGGAAAAUCUAAGGGCUUCCAAUCA